GACCAACCCGCCUUCGUUUGUACUUCGACAAGCGACAUCAAACUAUUUCACUCGAGACGAAAAUAAAGCGUUCACGUUUGACAUCACAGCCGAGACAUAUUAGGCAUAUCAUAUCCUCAACAACAAUUGCUGUGGCUGAAAGCUAAAUAUAUUGACUGCUGAAUAUUAAAUAGGAAGGAGGACAGGAAUGACCAGCACCGUUUCUAGGAGGGGCAUAAUUUGCGAGUUUACCUGCAGGAAGGUGAGCUCUGUGCGGAACAGAUACCCCGGCGCCUCCCUCGUCGACUGUUUCUGUUUCUCCCUCCCCCAUUCAACCGUCAACAUGGACCGUACACCUGCACUUUUUACUCAGGAUUACUCUUGUAUUAUAAAAUCACCAUCUAUUUAAGGUCUCGAGAACAUCACAGUCUGUUUUAGGAGUCAACCGGUGGUCUCGAUGAAACCAUUAAGUGAACUAUGUAGUGAGCAUCUGAAAAAAAGCGCUGCGGAGAUGCCGACUGAGGAGGCGAGAACUGCACCUGGAAACGGUGUGAUCACAACACCUUCAACAGAGAAUCCAGCACAUCAGAACGGGGCUGUGUCGUCUCCUGUUGCUUCUCAGUCCCAGCCUCCAUCCUCUGCAGCAUCUCCUCCUGCUCAGCCUCCCAGAGAUCAGUGGGGCGGCAAGUAUGAGUUUCUGCUCUCCUGUAUCGGCUACUGUGUUGGCCUGGGAAAUGUCUGGAGGUUUCCUUACCUCUGCUACCGAAACGGAGGAGGUGUGUUUCUCAUCCCGUACUUCAUCAUGCUGUUCUUCACGGGGAUGCCACUGUUCCUCAUGGAGCUCAGUCUGGGCCAGUAUGGGGCUGCGGGUCCCAUAACUGUCUGGAAGUGCUGUCCCCUCCUCAAAGGUAUUGGCAUAGGGAUGCUGUGUGUAUCCACUCUCGUGUGUCUCUAUUAUAAUGUCAUUAUCGCUUGGACCUUCUACUACCUGGGCAGUUCUUUCCAGAGCCCUCUGCCCUGGUCAUGUGAUGCUCUUCAAAACAUCGCCUUAUGUGCAAACAAAACUAAUUCGACCCAAAGUCCCUCAGAGGUGUUCUGGAAUGAGAAGGUUCUGGGUGUGGUACACAGCACAGGACUCAGUGAUCCCGGGCCGGUGCGCUGGCCUCUCGCUCUCUGCUUGCUGGCUGCCUGGAUCAUCAUAUUCCUCUGCAUGCUCAAAGGCAUUCACAGCUCCGGCAAGGUGGUGUAUGUGACUGCCACUUUCCCAUAUUUUGUACUGUUGGUCCUCAUCAUCAGAGGAGCCACCCUUGAGGGCUCCUUAGAUGGUGUCGCCUUCUACCUCACUCCUAAGUGGGACCAGCUGGCUGAUGCACAGGUGUGGAAUGAUGCUGCGUCGCAGAUCUUCUAUUCUUUGGGUAUUGGAGUUGGAGGCCUCCUGUCCAUGGCUUCUUACAAUAAAUUUGACAAUAAUGUCAUCAGGGACACUAUUAUCAUCACCAUAGGGAACUGUAGCACCAGCUUUUUUGCAGGCUUUGCCAUCUUCUCUAUCCUCGGUCACAUGGCAUUUAAGAAGGGCGUUCCUGUGGACAAGGUGGCGGAUUCAGGUCCUGGUCUGGCAUUUGUUGCCUACCCAGAAGCCCUGGCUCUUCUCCCUGGAUCAGUGUUUUGGUCCAUUCUGUUUUUCCUCAUGCUCUUUAUGCUGGGAGUGGACACCUUGUUUGGUAACAUGGAGGGCAUUUGUACGGCAGUGCUGGACGAGUUUCCUCAGCUCAGGUCCAAUCUGAAGCACAAGACGCUGUUCUUGGCAGUGCUCUGCUUCUCUUUCUAUCUGAUGGGCCUGUUGCUCAUCACUGACGGUGGGAUAUACUGGUUUACGCUCAUAGACUCCUUCAGCACCAGCUUUGGUCUCAUCAUCAUUACUCUCUUCAUGUGCAUUGGCAUCUCGUUCUUCUAUGGGGUGAACCAGUUCUGUCAGGAUAUCGUGGACAUGAUCUGCCGAUGUCCUCCCUGGUGCACUAAAAUGCUGCUGUACUUCAAAGCCUGCUGGGUAGUUUUCACUCCAUUCCUGCUAACGUUCAUCCUGACCUAUAUCUUCAUUGAGAUGUACCGAACUUCUCUGCGCUAUGGCUCAUAUGUGUAUCCGAUUUGGGGCAAAGCUCUGGGUGUUUGUAUGGGCGCCUUAUGCUGCCUGCAGAUCCUCAUCUGGGCGAUCGUGGCCAUCAGUAAAGAGUCUGGAACUCUUAAAGAUCGCUUUAAGAAAUCCAUCCGUCCCCUGAACUCGUGGCGUGUGAACAACAUAAACUCCAGCUCUCAGGAGCAGCACGUGGAGCCCCACACAAUAGAGGGGCCUUUCACAGUUAACCUGACUGAAGCCGACUACACCGGCAUGAACUGGGAGGGCAUCAGCGAGGCGUAGCGCCGCCACUAAUGUUGAGUACUGGAACAGCACUCUCUCAGAAGCACAAGUACUGGUGAGGAGGACUGCUGUACAGAGAACAGUGCACAGCUGGACUGAAACGGUGUUACUUUCUUUGCAGGACACCUAAAACCAUAGCUUUUUUUAUAUUUAUGACAACAUGGCCCAUUUGACAUCGGGACUAAAAGCCAAAGCAAGAAGCAUAAAAGACGUUUGGAUUAUCUGGCUGAAUCCUUGACACCCCGAGAUUCCGUUUCAUGAAAGAAUGUACAAGACUGUUUUAUAAGAUAACAGACUGUGUAAGUUUAUCUGUUUUACAUUUACAUUGAAAUGUACAAUCAUAUACAAGAGCAAGGCCAAAUCAAAUCAGGGCAACAUCACAGAGUAGCAAAACUGAAGUCAUUUUAGUAGUAUGGGCUGAGAUUGGACAAUUAAUCGAAGGUGAUUUUCAUGCUCAUUUUAUUAGUAAAGCCGGUUCUAGUAUGAUCCAGCAGGUGCCUUCAGAUGGAGCAUCAUUUACUACACAAAGCUGAUACUGACAGCGUAUGCAAAAUAUUGUUUAGAAUCCAAAACAAUAGGGGCGGCACGGUGGCUCAGUGGGUAGCACUGUUGCCUCACAGCAAGAAAAAGGAUGGUUUGAGUGGCCUGACUGGGCCAGGAGGCGUUUUAGUGCAGAGUUUGCAUGUUCUCCCCGUGCUCUGUGUUUUCCCCACAGUCCUAAGACAUGCACUGUAACUGAACUGGAUAAACAAAAUUGGCCUAAAGUUGGUAUGAGUGUGUGUGAUUGUAUAGGUGUUUCCCAGUACUGGGUUGUGGCAGGAAGGGCAUCCGCUGCAUAAAACAUAUGCUGGAAUAGUUGGUGCUUCAUUCUGCUGUGGCGACCUCUGAAAUAGAGACUAAAUCGAAGGAAAUGAAUGAAUGAACCUAAAACGAUCCAAGAUGAUCAAGUUUGUGUCACUUUGUAGUGAUUUACAGCUGUGUGCAGUAAAUGCUGCACAUGGAAAAUACCACAUUGUAACACGUUUACACUCGCAAAUUCAUUUAAGUGUUUUAAAGAGCAGUCUUGUGAUUAUUAGGCUAUGUCCACACAUACACGGGUAUUUUUAUAAAUGGUAUUUUAAAAAAAGGUUUUGUCCGCAUGAUAACACAUUGUGAGGCAAGUAAUGGGCACGCCAGACCAACAGGUGGCGAUAGUGACACUUGUAUACUGAGUUUACAUCAAACUAAGUGUAUUUUGCUAGUAAAUUGCAUUUAAGUCAAUGCAAACAUGAGUAUACAGGCGGAUUAACGUCCCAUGAUCAAACAAUGCGGAAUACGAGAUUUCAAGUUCCUUAUUCACUACUUUCGUGUUUGGCUUGAAACCCCGCCGUGUUGGCCAACCAGAGAGGAGAAAACAGCAUGCACGCUAACAUCAUGAGGCUAAAACUCUGGUGUUAGCGUCUAUACGACCACACUGUACCUUGAAAAUCUUCACCCUGGCCAGAUUCUUCUAAAAGUUGCAAUUACUGUGACCUGACACUGCAGUGUCACUGCAUUUUUGUGUGGACAAACAGCGAAACUGCAUAGAAAAAUGUGUGGUUUUGAAAAUACCCGUGUUCCUGUGGACAGGGCCUUCGUCAAGCUGAAUCAAUGAUAUUGAUCAAUAAUGCAACACUAUGCGGAUUUCCUUGGUGUCUUUAUGUUUGGAGUUUCCACAUGAGAGCGUCCUCUGUCCUUCGGUAGGAGAUUUACUAGUAAACACACAACCGUGCUUUCCUAUCUAGAUGUGCAUGAUCAAUCGCAUUUUACAUUUAAUUUCGAUGAGUUGCCCAGUCCUAGAAAAGGCCCGACAUGCCAAGGAACAUGAAGAUGUAGAAAUAUGAAUGUAAAACAAUGUCACAGAAAUCAUUUUCAUAAAACAUUUUCCAGAUAAUAAACACAGAAAUAUCUGUGCAUUUGAAGUUACAGACUUCAAAACUGCAACAUGCAUAUAUUAAACAGUAUGAAAUCUUG